AUGGCGUCUACUGAAAUAGCAAGGCAAGCUGGCGAAGGAGUCCGCGCUGUACCUCUGGCAGGCCAUGUUGGCUUUGACAGCAUGCCUGACCAGCUGGUCAACAAGUCUGUCAACCGUGGUUUCUGCUUCAACAUCCUCUGCGUUGGUGAGACGGGUCUGGGUAAGUCCACUCUAAUGGACACCCUGUUCAACACCAAAUUUGAGGGCGAGCCCACCCAGCACAACCAGCCUGGAGUGACGCUCAAAUCCAACACCUACGAACUGCAGGAGAGCAACGUGCGCCUCAAACUGACUGUCGUCAAUACUGUGGGCUUCGGGGAUCAGAUUAAUAAGGAAGACAGCUACAAAUCCAUUGUGGAAUUUAUCGACACCCAGUUUGAAGCUUACCUCCAGGAGGAGUUGAAAAUCAAGCGCACCCUACACAGCUACCAUGACACCCGCAUCCACGCCUGCUUAUAUUUUAUCGCCCCGACAGGACACUCGCUGAAAUCCCUGGACUUGGUGACGAUGAAAAAACUGGAUAGCAAGGUCAACAUCAUCCCCAUCAUCGCCAAAUCGGAUGCCAUCUCCAAAAGUGAACUGGCCAAGUUUAAAAUCAAAAUCACCAGUGAACUAGUCAGCAACGGGGUCCAGAUUUACCAGUUCCCCACCGAUGAUGAAUCCGUGGCAGAAAUCAACUCCACCAUGAAUAGCCAUUUGCCAUUUGCCGUGGUGGGGAGCACAGAGGAAGUGAAGAUCGGCAAUAAGAUGGUGAAGGCUCGGCAGUACCCCUGGGGGACGGUGCAGGUUGAAAAUGAAAACCACUGUGAUUUUGUGAAACUGCGGGAAAUGCUGAUCAGAGUGAACAUGGAAGAUCUUCGAGAACAAACCCACACACGCCACUAUGAGCUCUACCGCCGCUGCAAACUGGAGGAAAUGGGCUUCAAGGAUACGGAUCCUGACAGCAAACCCUUCAGUUUGCAGGAGACUUAUGAAGCAAAGCGAAACGAGUUUAUGGGUGAGCUGCAGAAAAAGGAAGAAGAGAUGAGGCAGAUGUUUGUCCAGAGAGUUAAAGAGAAGGAGGCCGAGCUCAAAGAAGCAGAAAAGGAGCUGCACGAGAAGUUUGAUCGCUUAAAGAAGCUCCAUCAGGAUGAGAAAAAGAAGCUAGAGGAGAAGAAGAAGAGCCUGGAUGAUGAAGUCAACACAUUCAAACAGAAAAAGACUGCAGCUGAGCUCUUGCAGAACCAAGCUCAGCAGGCAGGGGGCUCCACCACACUCAAAAGGGACAAAGAAAGGAAAAAUAAUCCGUGGCUCUGCACUGAAUAGGUCCUCUGCCCUCCCCCAGCUUUGCUAAGGGACCGGCCUCUGGGGGUACUCUGUGCCCCAAGUGUCACCCGAGGCUUUGUGGACCCCAUCUGCUUCAGGGUUUCCAGUCAUUAGCUUUUCUAUAAAUAUGGGUUGAUGUGUUGCUUUACUGCUGCUUUAACCUUUAAUGAAGCUCUCUAAUUCUUCAUGUUCAACGUUUGUGUUGAUGUGACUAAUGUAUGGCACGUGUUCAUAAAACAUUACAAGAUUGAUGUUUGCAAUCUUCAGCACCAAAGUUCAGAUUAUUUGGAGAGUUUCAAUGCAGUAUUUGCAGCGCUUGGUAUUUAGCUCCUUGCAGAUUUCUUUGUUGGUUUUGUUUGUAUUGUUUCAGAUCACUAAAAUUCAUUUUUAUAUCAGACAAAAACAAAUAUUUAAGGUUAUUUUAAUGAUAACAAAGAUGGAUUUCCAAAUCAACCUGACUAAAUAAAAUGUAAGGUUAUGCUACUGAAUCUCUAAAAUCAAGUCAAAGUCCAAACUUUGACUUGAUUUGAGCCAGUCACGGGUGCUGAAUGGCAACAACUAGUGGCUGGAUCUUGUACUUCCAGACUUUGUUUUGGAGAGCAGAACUCAUAGUUCUAUUAAUGACAGAAGGUCCGGCUCCUACAGCAGCUCCAGUCAUCGCACUCCUAACACCAUGCUUGACUUGGUUCUUUUUUUGAAUGUUUUGAGCAGGAGUAAUAAGUGUGAAUCUUUGGAAGAUUUACACCUUCCAAAAAGUCUUGUCAGUCUACAGUAAUGUUUUUCGAAGCUCAUGGAGGUAAUAAAAAUAUUCCUUUUGUCAAAUCCACCCUCUUAGAUCACCAGCGGGUUUUAACUUUAAUGCUUAGUGGUUUACUGGAGUCCCACAGACUUGGGCUUUCUAACAGUUUUCAAUCUGGAGGAAGUCUGUUAUUCCUCUCUGACUUUCUUCCACAAUUUCUUGAAAUUAUGUGUUUUAUUGUUUUUUUGCUGUUAUAUUUAGGUGAUUGCUUUAUGCAACAGGUCAGACAAAAGUGUGCCUAGUGAAUUUGAUCCUCUUUGCAGCUUAUAGCUGAUAAAAGAUCAAACUAAAGAGGUGAAAUCUACUUUUUCACAUAGUUCUGAGUUGAUUUGCAUAUUCUUUGAUACAAUCAUCAGUGAUUUUAUUGGUGAUCUGAAAAAUAUCCAUAAUUACAAAAAAAGCAAACCAUCUAAAUGGAGUGAAAUACCCUUUCAAAGCACUGCAAACAUUUGGGAGUUAAGAAGGAUAAAUUCCUUUAAAGGUUUUCUCGAAGUUGAAGCUUUUCUCUCGCUCUUCGCUUUUUAUCUGCAAGCAUUUUUCCCUCUCCUCUAACC